AUGUCAAAAGUUUUUGGUGCUAAAGUGAAGAACGUGCUUUCGGGCGACACUCUGGUUUUAUCUGCCAACUCCUCCAGCUCCCAGGAGCGGUUGUUGUCACUGGCCUAUAUCCAAGCCCCCAGAUCCACGGAGCCUUUCGCCUACGAGUCCAAGGAGAUCCUCCGUUCGUUGCUCGUUGGAAAGGAUAUCAAGUUCCAUGUUUCCUACAAGAGCAAUUCUGGUAGAGAGUUUGGUGAUGUUUCCACUCCUCUUUUCAAGAGUCUGGCCGAAUAUGUUGUUGCCAAGGGUGGAGCCAAGGUUCGUGACAACAUCAACGACGAAGAGGCCGAAGAAUUGAAGAUUGCAGAGACUAAAGCAAAAGCCCAGAACUUGGGAAUUUGGGACCCAAAACUGAAAUCUGUGCAAACAAAGACUUCUUUGGCCGAGGCAGAAGUUAAUCUGAAGACUCAAUAUCCGGCAAUUGUCGAGAAAGUGGUUGCUGGUGACAGACUUAUCGUCCGAAUCUUGGUCCACAAAACUGUCCAUGUGGUAAUCCCAGUUUUGGUAGCAGGUAUUAGAACUCCGAGGACUGCGUCCAAUGACCAACCAGCUGAGCCUCUGGGUGAACAGGCCUUCAAAUAUGUGGAAUCUAGACUGUUGGCAAGAAGCGUCAAGGUCACCCUCAUUGGUGAAAGUUCUACCGGAGUGGCUAUCGGCAAAAUUGUCCAUCCUGCCGGAAAUAUCACCGACAAACUUUUGCAAGAGGGUUUGGCAGAAGUUGUCGAUUGGCAAUCCACUUUGGUCGGUCCCCAGGGAAUGUCUUAUUUGCGUGGCCUCGAAAAGACUGCUAAGGCUGAGGGAAAGGGUAUAUGGAAGUCUUCCUCCUCUGCUCCGUCUUCAAACGUCUCGGUCUCUUCUAACGCUUCCAAGAUCCGUGUAGGUGCCCAAAUUGAGGCUGUUGUUUCAAGAAUCGUGAGUUCAGAUACUUUGGUGAUUCGUCUUAACGAUGACACAGAGCACACUGUUCAGCUUUCGUCUUUAAGAGCCCCACGCCAGUCAGACGCCUCGUCAGCCGCUUUUGUCCCGGAAGCAAGGGAGUUCACGCGUAAAACUGCCAUUGGCAAACAUGUCAAGGUAUUCAUUGAUGCCGUAAGACCCAAAUCGGAGCAAUUCGACGAGAGGUUCCUGGUAUCUAUCACCCUUCCAAAUGGCAAGAGUCUCUCGUCUCUGGUGGUGAGUUCAGGUUAUGCUACCGUUAUUCGUCACAGGCGUGGAGACGAAGACAGAUCUCCAGACUGGGAUUCUCUCAUUGAAGAAGAAGCCACUUCUAUCAAAGACAAAAAGGGUAUUCAUGGCAAGGCUCCCAAGCCAGAAAGAAUCGUGGAUGCCAGUGAGAACGCUGCCAGAGCCAAACAAUACCUCACCACUCUACAGAGCAAGACCUCAAUUCCGGCCUUGGUUGAACAUGUUUCUAGUGCUACACGUUUCAGACUGGUUUUGCCUCGUGAUGGAAUCAAAAUCACCCUCGUCUUGGGAGGUCUGGCUGCUCUGAACCGAGAAUCCGAAGUCAGCAAAAAAGCACUUAGCUUCGUAUCUAAAAAGGCAUACCAGAGAGAUGUCCAUGUCAGUGUCUAUGGGGUUGACAAGGUUGGUGGUUUCAUUGGUAAUUUGGUGCUUCCUGGUCAAAGUGUUCCCAUCCAGGCAUCUUUGGUCUCUGAGGGAUAUGCGGCCGUUCACGAAAGAUCGGUGAACCAAACAGGAUUUGGAUCGCUCUUGACUGAAGCUGAGAAUGAAGCCAAGACCUCCAGACUUGGAAUAUGGUCUGACUAUAAUCCUUCAGCCAUUCAACAGGAUGUCCAAGAGGUGACUAGCCAGCUGGAGAACAUCACCAUCACCAAGCGUUAUUUGGACGUAGAGUUGACCGACAUCUCGGAAGAAGGUCUGAUUGCUUACCAGAUCGUUGGGUCUGAACGCUCUAAACUUUCCUCGUUCAUGAAAAGUUUCCAUGAUUUCCACUCCUCCAACCAGGCUCCUCUGGCUAAACAGCCUCAGAAGGGAGAUAUCGUUUCUGCUCAAUUCUCGGAAAAUAAAAAGUAUUAUCGUGCAAAAAUUAUUUCAUUCGAAAAAGCUUCGAGAGAAUAUAAGGUUCAGCAUAUUGACUAUGGAAAUUACGACGUUGUUCCGUUGGCCUCGCUGCGUUCAUUGCCUGCUCAAUUCGCUGUUUCAGCCUUUCCAGCUCAAGCCCACACUGCUCAGCUGUCAUUGAUCACCCUUCCACCCCAGGAUUAUUUGAACGGUGCAAUUGACUUCAUUGAAGAGUUGACAGCCCAAAAAGGACUGGUUGCCUGUGAGACCUUCAGAAACCCUGCUCCAGGUGUGGAGUCUGAUGUCAUCCUGUACGAUCCAAAGAAGAUUGCCUCGGAUCCUAAUUACUCUAUCAACAAAGAGGUGGUCGAGAAUGGUUGGGGUAUCGUCAAGAAGCACCUUAAAGGGUUCGAAAAGGGUCUUGAGUCUGAAUGGAAGCAAUUGCUAGAAGUUGAGGCUAGUGCUAAGGCUCAUCACAGAGGAUGUUGGGAAUACGGUGACAUUGAGAGUGAUCAAGAAUAG